UAAGAGAGGUUAAGGGUCAAUGGUUGUAUAUUAUAGGAUAUCUAAAAGGGAACCCUUUCUCUUUUUUUUUUCCUCUCUCUUUCUCUCUCUCCUCACCGUUCUCUUUCUCUUCUUCUCACUCAUCAUCACAGUCUUAACGGAGAAGUUGAGCUGACCGUUCAUCCUCUUAACGGCGUAACGGAGUUUUCAAACCCGAAACGCCGUUUUCAUAACUCAUUCGGUCACGUGCCAUCCAAACCAUUAAUUAUAAUAAUAUUUUAAUUUUUUUAUAAUAUUAGUAGUAAUAAUCUCAUCUAUUUUUUCUUUUUAAUGGCUUUGGAGCUCAGCUUACCUACGAACCCCGUUGACACCGAGGCUGACGGUGUCACUAACGGCGUCGAAGCCCGGCCUUCCUCCACUGACGGCGGAGAUGACGGAAGCAGAGCCCCCAGACUCCCCCGCUGGACUCGCCAAGAAAUUCUCGUCCUCAUACAGGGAAAGCGGGUCGCCGAGAGCAAAGUCCGCAGAAUCCGAACUGCAGGAACCGCUUUCGGGUCGGGCCAGGUGGAGCCGAAGUGGGCUUCGGUUUCUUCGUAUUGCAGGAUGCACGGGGUCAACCGGGGCCCUGUUCAGUGCCGGAAACGGUGGAGCAAUUUGGCCGGCGAUUAUAAGAAGAUUAAGGAGUGGGAAUUGCAGAGGAAAGACGCGUCGGACUCUUUCUGGGCUAUGAGGAACGACUUGAGACGCGAGAGGAAGUUACCGGGUUUUUUCGAUAAGGAGGUUUACGAUAUUUUGGAUGCCGGGUCGGGUAGCGGAAUCGGUCAGCAAACCUCUCUGGUUGUGGCUCCGCCGCCGGCGGAGGAGGUAGAGAAGGACGCCACCGCUGAGGAGCCGGAGGAAAACACAGUCAUGUUCGAUAGUCGCCGUGGGGUUACUGCUGAGGAUGGCAUGUUCUCGGAUUUCGAGCAGGAGGAAUCCGGUCGGAGCUCGGAGAAAGAAGCAGCAGCGACGAUGGCGGCGGCCAAGGAAGCCCCUCCGGCGGCUUCUAUAGGGAUUCCUGCUGUGCCAAUAUCAGCAGGUGGGGCAGCUAACGAGAAACUGCCAACGUCAAAUCCCGAAAUUGGUGCUACAUCUCAUGAAGGAAGGAAGCGAAGACGAUUAGCAUUCGAGGGGGACGAAGAAACCAGUUUACAGAAUCAGUUGAUUGAUGUGUUGGAGAGGAAUGGUAAGGCAGUGGCUUCCCACCUUGAUGCUCAGAACACUCAUUUCCAACUCGACCGAGAACAGAGGAAAAACCAUUCUGAUAGCUUAGUAGCUGUUCUUAACAAGCUUGCAGAUGCAUUGGUUAGAAUCUCUGAGAAGUUGUAGUUGCAGCAGUCAGAAUCUCUGAGAAGUUGUAGUGUACAUAACACAAGCUCACCAUUUCUCUCCGAGGUGAGUGAAUUCUAGUAAGGGCAUUCACAUUUCUUCUAGUCUUCUUCUUUUACAAUAUAUUUUUUUAUUUAUAUUACAUGUCACCUUCUGUGGCAUAUUAUCACCAUGAUAGUGUCCAUACACAGAUACUGAUUUUUGCAAGUUAUAAAAGGGUUUACCAAUGACCACAUUUCUUCCGUUAAUAUGUCACCACAGUCGAUAGAGAAGUUUCCUUUGUAUGCCUAUGCGAUUGCACAGGCUAUUGACAAUAUAUUUUGAUAAGGCGACUGAUACAGUUUCUUGGCCAAAUUCAUUGCUUU